GGCUCUUCCUCCGCCCGCCUGGCACUGCCAUCGCCGGGCUCUGGCACUUGCCCCUGCGGCCAUGGCGCCGCGCCGCGCUUCCUGAGUUGGCGAGCGGAGCUCAGCAAGCGGCGCCGGGUCCAUGGCGGGGGCGGCGGCAGCGGCCCUGGCGGCGGCCGAUCCCCCGCCUGCGAUGCCGCCGGCGGCCGGGGCCGGAGGGCCGGCUGCCCGCCGAGACUUCUACUGGCUGCGCUCCUUCCUGGCCGGAGGCAUCGCUGGAUGCUGUGCCAAGACAACAGUUGCUCCUUUGGAUCGAGUAAAGGUUUUAUUACAAGCACACAAUCACCAUUACAAACAUUUAGGAGUGUUUUCCACACUGUGUGCUGUUCCCCAAAAGGAGGGAUACCUUGGAUUGUACAAAGGAAAUGGUGCAAUGAUGAUUCGAAUCUUUCCCUAUGGUGCAAUCCAGUUCAUGGCAUUUGAACAUUAUAAAACGUUCAUCACGACAAAACUGGGAGUUUCUGGUCAUGUGCACAGAUUGAUGGCUGGGUCCAUGGCAGGCAUGACAGCUGUUAUCUGUACUUACCCUCUGGACAUGGUCAGAGUCCGACUAGCAUUCCAGGUGAAGGGGGAGCACACGUACACAGGAAUCAUCCAUGCCUUCAAAACCAUUUAUGCAAAGGAGGGCGGUUUCCUUGGGUUCUACAGAGGCCUGAUGCCGACCAUAUUAGGCAUGGCUCCAUAUGCAGGUGUUUCCUUUUUUACUUUUGGUACCUUAAAGAGUGUUGGGCUUUCUCAUGCUCCAACCCUUCUUGGCAGACCUUCAUCAGACAAUCCUAACGUUUUAGUUUUGAAAACUCACAUAAACUUACUUUGUGGUGGUGUUGCGGGAGCCAUAGCACAGACAAUAUCCUAUCCAUUUGAUGUAACUCGUCGGCGUAUGCAAUUAGGAACUAUUCUUCCAGAAUUCGAGAAGUGCCUUACCAUGCGGGAGACGAUGAAGUACGUUUAUGGACAUCAUGGGAUUCGAAAAGGAUUGUAUCGUGGUUUAUCUCUUAAUUACAUUCGCUGCAUCCCAUCUCAAGCAGUGGCUUUUACAACAUAUGAACUUAUGAAGCAGUUUUUUCACCUGAAUUAAAAAAAAUUAGAUGUAUUUUCCUUUAUUCUCAGAGGUUAGAAAUAAAAUGUUAACUUUAAUUUUGGGGGCAUAUUACUUGAAGGGGGAUAUUUAACCUCUUACAGGAAGCACUUGUAUUUUAGUACUUGAUUUUCUUUAUUUAUCACAAAUCAGAAGUGCUUAUUGUACUUCUUGAUGCCAAAAGUUAUACCUUUGAACACUGGGGGGCAGUCUCCUAUGUAGAUGCUAAUGCUAGCUAAUCAGGUUAUUUGAAACCAUUUUAAAGUGUUAUUUGGAAAUAUGACUGACCUCAUAAAUGGGACUGAAGGGAUGGGGGGUUUCUUCACUGGUAAAACACAUGCUACAUAUGCAUGAGUUUGAUUCCUAACACCCCUAAAAAUGUAGGAUUCUAAAGUGUGUUUAGCUCUAUCAUGCUAUUUGAAGUUCUUCACUAUAAUCAUGAUUUUCAAGUUUCUUAGUAUGGUUAUUAUUAUGAUAGGAAUGGUAAUAUUGUGGUGAUAGAUAAACUUGGUUAGAUUACAGCAGAAUGAUGUGAACAGAAUUUUUUAGUAGUGUAGAAGUCAGCAUGAAAGUGUUUUUCUUACUCUCUUUUUAUAUAUUUGUUCCACUCAUUAAAAGGACAAACACAUUUUUCUUCAUUUUGCAAUUAAAUGUUUGUAUUUAAAAUGUAGUCAUGGGGGCCGGAGCGAUAGCACAGCGGGUAGGGCGUUUGCCUUGCACGCGGCCGACCCGGGUUCGAUCCCCGGCAUCCCAUAUGGUCCCCCAAGCACUGCCAGGAGUAAUUCCUGAGUGCAGAACCAGGAGUAACCCCUGAGCAUCGCUGGGUGUGACCCAAAAAGCAAAAAAAAAAAUAAAUAAAUAAAAUGUAGUCAUGUAGGGGCCGGAGCGAUAGCCCAGCGGGUAGGGCAUUUGCCUUGCACGUGGCCAACCUGGGUUUGAUCCCUGGCAUCCCGUAUGGUCCCUUGAGCACCACCAGGAGUAAUUCCUGAGUGCAGAGCCAGGAGUAAGCCCUGAGCAUCGCCGGGUGUGAUCCAAAAAGCAAAAAAAAAAAAAAAAAUUAAAACAAAAUAAAAUGUAGUCAUGUAGCAACUCGAGUGAAUGAAGAAUAUUCAGGUAUAGCUCAUUUGUUAUCACUGGGUACUAUGAAUAAUUUAAAUAUUUUUUAAAAGUCAGUGUAUUUUCCAAAGGCAAUAAUAUUACAUAAUGAAUAUCUUUCAAAACCAAUUAACAUUUUAGAUUGGUUUUUAUUAGGUAAUUGGUUAUAUACUCAAAAAUUCAAGUGGACUGUGAAAUAUCCAUAAGUGUAGAUGUGAAUGUCUAAGUGUUUUAUAUUAUAUCAUGAUAUAUCAACUAGUUCUUCCAUGUAAAAUAAUUUUAGUGCAAUAUAAACUUAAGUAGAAAUGUAAAAUAGGAAUUGUAUCCUUUAUAUUAAAAUGGUAUCAACUGUAAGAAUUUCAUUUUCUGUGUUUACUUUUUAUAUAUUUUAUUACAAGCAUGAUAGAAAUGAGGGGAACAAUUCUGUCCUCAGAAAUAGCAUUUUAGUAAUAAAGGUGCAUAACUUUGUAUACCAAAAGCAUAAAUAUUAGCACUAUUGUAAAAAAUAUAUAUAAAAAGCAUAGUAAUUUGUAAAAUUAUAUGACUUUUUUAGACAUUAGAAAAUGGAAGUUGAAAAUAUUAUUUCUGCUUGUUUUUAUUUUUUGCAUAACAGAUUUCUUACCAUAUCUUCACAAAAAUUAUAUGAACUGAUUUCAUUUAUAAAGUAUUUAAAAAUAAAUAUGUAAAUUUGUAUGGUUUAUAAGCGUGCUUGCACAUAGAAAGGUAGAAAUGCAUGUGUUCCUGAAACUAUUUUGUAUAUUUUUUGUUUGGGGCUACUCUGUAGCUAAAUAUUAUUAUCAAAUUUUAGAUUACUUUAAAUGUAUAAAAUAAGUAUCCCAGUCUGUUACCAAUAAAAGGGGACUACAAAUAAUUUUUAAUCAAAGUUUACAUUCUAUGUUGUAGAAUCAUAGAAUAUUAAAAAUAAAAUUUAUUUGAAGUUUA